AUGUUAAAUGAAGAGGAUAUCGAAAAAUGUCAUUUUGUACCUUUGAGUACUAUGCAAAAAGUGAUUAAAUCACUAGAAAACUCUAAUCCGGAAGCAGACAGAAGGUGCAAACGUAAUCUCCUACAAUUGCAGCUAGAGGGCAGCACUUCUGAAAAUGAUUUGAGACAAAAGAAAUGGAGGCACAAAUUUCAUCUUGCUCUAAGCCAUGCCAUUUACUCUCACAAUUGGGACAAACUUUUAUAUCUCCUAAAGAAAUCUCCAAUCUGGGAACAUCAGUCAAAGAGGUUGGAUGAGCUGCCUAUUUAUAUUAGAGCCCUUACUAUUCUACUGAUGUAUCAUCCCAGUGCCAAAGCGCAGUCCCUGUUAAGUGACUACUUCCACAUGAAUGCUAUCGGCCUUCCAGUAGCCAAGGCCAUGAUAUCAGAGGACGGUGAGGUCAUCGAAUGGAAACAUAAUUUAGUGCUCGAUGGACCAGCUGAAGUUUGGCUUCUCGCUCUUGAGCACACAAUGAGGGUUGUUUUAAGAGAGCAACUGAUACAAACCCGCGCGGCACUGAGAAAGUGUCGUUACCAGAGAGAGCAGUGGAUAAAUGACUGGCCCGGACAAUUGGGUAUCACCAGUAGUAAGAUUCAAUGGACCUCCGACUGCACUAGAACUCUAUGUCGCUGCGAGAUAAUGAAGGAAAAGAAACCGUUGAAAAAGCUUCGCAAGAAGCAAAACCAGAUCCUCGCUACGUUGCAGUCGAUGUCCAGGAGGGAUAUCUCUAAAAUACUCCGCUGCAAAGUGAACGCCUUGUGUGUAAUCGAAAUACAUUCGAGGGAUACUGUAGACAGGAUGUACAAAAUGGGGUGCAUGUCAGUGACAGCAUUCGAAUGGUUCUCGCAGCUGAAGUUCUACUGGGACCGCGAGCGCGAGGACUGCUAUAUCCGACAGACCAACACCAGCUUCGUGUAUACGUACGAAUACAUCGGGAACUCGGGCCGGCUGGUCAUCACUCCCCUUACGGACAGGUGUUACAUUACCCUGACGACCGCACUGCACCUCUUCCGUGGCGGCAGUCCCCAAGGGCCGGCCGGUACGGGCAAGACUGAGACCACGAAGGACCUGGGCCGCGCUAUGGCGCGCUGGGUUGUGGUCACCAACUGUUCCGAUGGCCUUGACUAUAAGUCCAUGGCUAAGUGCUUCGCUGGUAUCGCUCAAAGUGGUUGCUGGGGCUGUUUCGACGAGUUCAACAGAAUCAACAUCGAAGUGCUGUCAGUGGUUGCACAGCAGAUCCUCGCGGUGCUGCAAGCUUUGUCUCUUCAGUUGAAGAAGUUCAACUUCGAGGGUUGCGAGGUCAAGUUGGACAGUAACUGCGGUAUCUUCAUCACUAUGAACCCCGGGUACGCUGGACGUACAGAGCUACCGGACAAUUUGAAAUCAAUGUUCCGGCCGAUUGCGAUGUGUGUUCCAGACUCGCUAAUUAUAGCGGAGAACACCUUGUUCUCUGAUGGAUUCACUGCUUACAAGAUCAAUGCCAAGAAGGUAUUCACGCUGUAUCAGCUGGCCACGCAACAGUUAUCGAAGCAGGAUCACUACGACUUUGGGCUCAGGUCUAUGGUGGCCCUCCUGCGUUACGCUGGAGUCAAGAGGCGCGCUUACCCAAAUCUGCCUGAACAAGAGAUAGUGAUUCUUGCCAUGCGCGACAUGAACGUCGCCCGAUUGACCGCCAAGGAUGUUCCUCUGUUCGGUGGCAUCAUGCAGGAUAUAUUUCCCGAGGUAGAGAUCCCCACCCUGGACUACGAGAUGUUGGAAACGGCGAUCUCUGCCGAGAUGAAAAUUGUCGGUUUGCAACCUGUUAAAGCUGCGCUUUUGAAGGUUAUACAGACGUUUGAAACGAAGAAUUCCCGCCAUUCGAGCAUCCUCCUCGGUGACACGAACACUGCCAAGUCGGUGUCCUGGAAGAUGCUCGCUGCGACAAUUAGCCGUCUGCAUCGGGAAAAAGUCCCCGGCUUCGAAAACGUCCAGGUCUACCCCAUGAACCCUAAGGCAUUGACCCUUGGGGAGUUAUAUGGAGAGUAUAACUUGUCCACGGGGGAGUGGAAAGAUGGCGUGCUUUCGGCAAUCAUGAGGAGUGUUUGUCAAGACGAGUCUCCAGAUCAAAAGUGGAUUAUUUUCGACGGUCCCGUUGACGCCAUCUGGAUCGAGAACCUCAACUCCGUGAUGGACGACAAUAAGUUGUUAACGCUCGUCAACAGUGAGAGGAUAUCUAUGCCGUCUCAAGUAUCUCUGCUGAUAGAAACUUUGGACCUGGCGGUGGCGUCCCCGGCGACGGUGUCGCGCAACGGCAUGGUUUACAACGAUUACCGCGACUGGGGCUGGUGGCCCUACGUCAAUUCUUGGUUGGACACCGUUGAUGAUGUGGAGUACCGGGAUACGCUGCGGCGCCACUUCCAGAGCAUCCUGGGCGCGGUGCUGCAGCAGCUGCGCGCGCUGCGGGCGGGCGUGUGCGGCCACGAGCUCAGCGGCGUGCGCGCGCUCUGCCGCCUGCUGCCGCGCGCCCCGCCCGCCCCGCGGCCCGACACGCAGGACGGCGACGACGACACCUUCACCAAGAUGCGCUUCCUGUUCGCUUUAGUGUGGUCAGUUUGUGCGACCCUCGAGGAAGAGUCGCGCCGUCGUUUGGACAACUGGAUACGCGAACACGAAGGCGUAUUCCCAUUGAAGGAUACAGUUUACGACUAUUACCUGGACGAACGACUGAGAGAAUUCCGUCCGUGGGAGGACCGUUUGCCGGACAACUGGCGAUACAAUCCCAGCCUUGGUUUCCAUAAUAUCUUGGUGCCCACGGUUGAAUUCAUCCGGAUCCAGAUCCUAUCAUUGGACUUACUGAAGGCCGGGCAUGGAGUGCUCAUCGGAGGUCCCACUGGAACCGGCAAAACUUUCCUCAUUCAAGGAACACUUGCGCAGUUAGAUCCUGAGAGAUACAGCAGCCAAGUCAUCAACAUGUCUGCACAGACAACGGCCGCGAACGUUCAAGAUAUGAUCGAAGCGCGACUUGAGAAACGGACGAAGGGCAACUACGUUCCUGCCGGAGGUAAAAAGAUGAUAGCGUUCAUGGACGACAUCAAUAUGCCGGUGAAGGAUGAAUACGGCUCACAGCCACCGCUGGAACUGGUGAGACUGUGGCUGGACUAUGGCUACUGGUUCGACCGUCAGAAGCAGUGGAGGAAGAACGUUAAGGGCAUGGUGGUGUGCGGCGCGGCGGGGCCGGCGGGCGGCGCGCGCAGUGCGCUGCCGGCGCGCCUGCUGUCAAGCUUCCACGCCUUCUUCCUGCCCGCGCCCACGCAUCAGCAGCUCACCAACAUCUUCGGCACCAUGCUGGCACAGCACCUCGCCGACUUCGACGAGGAAACAAAGACCGUCGGCAAGGUGGUGCUUCUGGCAACGAUUGACCUUUUCCACAACAUUGUAGCCAAACUGCUACCGACGCCCAGCAAAAUGCACUAUUUGUUCAAUUUGAGAGACAUCUCUAAGAUAUUUCAGGGUCUCUUAAGAAGCAACAAGGAUUAUCAGAACACCAAGCCGCGGUUCCUUCGACUGUGGAUCCACGAGUGUUUCAGGGUCUUCUGCGACCGACUAACUGAAGAAAAGGACCGCGACUGGUUCAUGAAUCAAAUGGGUGAAAUGUUGGGCAAGCACUUUGAGCUGACCUUCCACGCCCUCUGUCCCUCGAAGAGCCCGCCAAUUUUCGGGCAUUUCCUUAACCCGUAUGAAGUGUACGACGAUAUGAACGACCCUGAGGCGUUGAGAAAGUACGUCGCGAACCAGCUGGAGGAAUACAACAGCAGCCCAGGGGUGGUGAAGAUGGACCUGGUGCUGUUCAAGGACGCAAUAGAGCACGUCUGUCGGAUAGCGCGGGUCAUCUCACAACCGAGGGGAAAUAUGCUGUGUGUGGGCAUUGGAGGUUCCGGUCGUCAGAGCCUAACGCGCCUCGCUUCUUAUAUCUGCGAGUGCAAUUCAUUCCAAGUUGUGGUCACCAAGACGUAUGGUGUUAAGGAUUUCCGCGAAGAUCUAAAGGUUAUGUACACGAGCUGCGGUGUGGACACAAAGAAAACCACGUUCAUCUUCAACGACACGCAGAUAGUCGAGGAAAGCUUUACGGAGAUCAUGAACAACUUGCUUAGUAGCGGCGAGAUCACCAACCUGUACAAGCCUGAUGAGUUCGAAGACAUAAAGCAAGCUCUAGAGAAGCCGAUGAAGUCUGCGAACAUAUUGCAAACGGCAGAAUCGGUGUAUCUGUUCCUGGUGGACCGCGUGCGUGCCAACAUGCGUAUCGUGCUUUGCUUCAGCCCCAUUGGAGAGGAGUUUCGGAACCGCAUCCGCCAAUAUCCGGCCCUGAUCAACGCCACCACUACCAACUGGUUCUUGGAGUGGCCGCGGGAGGCGCUGCUAGAAGUGGCCUUCAAGUUCCUAGAAGGGGUGGAGCUGCUCGCCUCCAUCACUGGGCAAAGGGUGCGGCGCAAGGAGUCGGUGGUGGAGAGCCGCGAGGAGCUGGUGCGCGGCGCCGUGGCGCGCACCAUGUCGCUGCUGCACGCGUCCGUGGCGCGCCGCUGCCUGCGCAUGUGGCGCGAGAUGCGCCGCGCCAACCACGUCACGCCCACCAACUACCUCGAGCUCGUCUCCGGCUACAAACGAAUGCUGAAAAACAAGCGAGCCGAGGUGGCUCUGCAAGCAAACAAACUGAGGAACGGUUUGGGCAAAGUUGAGGAAACCACCAAACUAGUGGGUCAGAUGUCUGAAGAAUUAGCGACGGCUCAGGUUCAAGUGGCAGAGUACACGGAGCAGUGCGUGGAGUACAUGGGCGUGAUCAACAUGCAGCAGCGGAAUGCGGAUGAACAGCAGCGCAGCGUGGCAGCGCGCAGCAAGAAAACGCAGGAGGAGGAGGUGCAGUGCAAGCGGCUGGCCGACGCGGCCAUGCGCGACCUGGCCAGCGCCAUGCCCGCGCUUGACGAGGCCGUGAAGGCUUUGGACGCACUUAACAAGAAGGAUAUCACAGAGGUGAAGUCCUACGCAAAGCCUCCACAAAAGGUUGAGAUGGUUAUGGAAGCUGUUCUCAUAUUGCUACAGAAAGAACCGACAUGGGCAGAAGCAAAGCGUCAGUUAGGAGAUCAGUACUUCUUGGAUCGCCUCCGAGAUUUUGACAAAGACAACAUAUCGGACAAGACGUUAAAGAAGAUUGGAACGUACACGGCCAAACCGGACUUCGAUCCUGAGAUCGUCGGCACCGUGUCGCUCGCCGCCAAGUCGCUGUGUCUGUGGGUGCGAGCCAUCGAGAAGUACGGCAAGGUUUACAAAAUAGUGAAGCCCAAGAAAGAACGUCUGGAGGAAGCCCUAGAGUCACUCCGCAUGAAGCAGCAGAUCCUCGCCGAGGCGCGCGCCAAGCUGCGCGAGCUGAGCGAGAUGAUUGCGCGCCUACAGAAGGAGUACGACGAGAAGCUCGCGCAGAAGGAGGAGCUUGAGAGGAAGUCCAAGAUACUGCAGCUCAAGCUCGAACGCGCCGAGGCUCUCAUAACUGGACUCUCGGGCGAGAGGGAGCGGUGGGAGCUGACGGUGGAGCGUCUGGACCGUGAGUUCGACAACUUGCCGGGCGACUGUCUCAUCGCCACCGCCUUCGUGGCGUACCUGGGGCCCUUCGUGUCCGAGUACCGCGAGGAGCUGAUGGACGAGUGGUUCCGUGAGGUGUACAACGAAGCUGUCCCAGUGACUAUGGACCUGAGCAUGAAAAAUUUCCUACUGGACGACGCUACCCUCAGGGAUUGGAACUAUAUGGGUCUGCCAGAUGACAAUUUUAGUGCAGAGAACGGCAUAAUAGUGCGUCGAGCGACUAGAUGGCCUCUAGCCGUAGACCCGCAAGGUCAGGCGCUCAUCUGGAUUUCUAGGCUAGAAGAGAAGAAUGAUAUUCAGAUCGUUGACUUCGGUCAGCCUAACUAUCUUAAGAUAAUGGAGCAGUGCCUGUCAGAUGGCAAGCCCAUACUGAUACAGAACGUUGGCGAAGUGCUAGAUCCGUCUAUCGCCCCUAUCCUGGACAAGGCAAUAGUAAAGAUCGGCGCUUCACAAGUCAUAAAGUUCAACGAGAAGAUGGUCCCCUACAACCCGGAUUUCAAAAUGUAUCUCACUACGAAAUUGGGAAAUCCAAUAUACACACCGGAGAUUUUAACGAAGACGACGAUGGUGAACUUCGCGGUGAAGGAGCAAGGCUUGACUUCGCAGUUACUGGGCAUCGUCGUGAGGAAGGAGCGGCCGCAGCUGGAACAGAUGAAGGACAGCCUCGUGUUGUCUAUUGCCAGGGAUAAGAAAAUUUUGGUGGAUCUGGAGAACGACCUGCUUCGCAUCAUGUACGAAUCACAAGUGCCGCUGUUGGAGAACGAGGAGUUGUUCCAGACGCUGCAGAUCUCACAGCGCACUUCGCUUCAAGUCAAAGAGGCGCUUAUUAACUCGCAGGAGACCGAGAAGGAAAUCGACUCAGCUAGACAAGGCUACGUACCAGUUGCAGUGCGAGCAUCGGUUCUUUUCUUCGCGUUGAACGACCUGUCCCGAAUCGACCCCAUGUACCAGUUCUCGUUGGACGCGUACAUCGAGCUGUUCACGUACUCCAUCGACCGCAGUCACAAAGGCGGCGAGCUCGAGGACCGCAUCAACAACCUGAACGAGUUUCACACGUACGCGGUAUAUAAGAACACAUGCCGAGCUCUGUUCGAGAGACACAAGCUCCUGCUGUCGUUCCACAUGGCGUCGCGGAUCCUAUUCCAGGCUGGAAAAUUGAACGUGAAUGAAUAUAUGUUCUUACUAAAGGGCGGCAUAGUCCUAGACCGUUCUGAACAACCUGAUAAUCCUACCAACUGGAUACCGGACGAGUGUUGGGACAACAUAACUGAGCUGGACAAGUUGGGCGGCUUCCAUGGCCUGAUCGAUUCGUUUGAAACACUGUCUAAGGAGUGGCGCGAGUGGUAUGUGCACCCGGAGCCCGAGACUCAGCCACUUAUUGGCGAAUGGAACGAGAUGUGCAACGAGUUCCAGCGUAUGCUUGUGGUUCGCGCGCUGCGCUUGGACCGCGUGUCCGCGUGCGUCGCCGCCUUCGUGCUGCGCGCGCUCGGUCCGCGCUACGUGGAGCCGCCCGUCCUCGACAUACGCGCUGCGUGGGAAGAAUCAUCUUGGAAGACCUCCCUUCUGUUUGUACUUUCGCCUGGAGUCGAUCCAACAUCAGCGCUAAUCCAGUUGGCUGUGGACGUGAAGAUGUUUGACAAGUUCCAGUCACUCAGUCUUGGACAGGGUCAGGCACCAGCUGCUACCAGGAUGCUAAGCCAGGCUAUGAAGGAGGGCGGCUGGGUAUUCCUGGCAAACUGCCACCUAGCGUGCGCGUGGCUGGGCGCGCUGCGCGGCCUCGACAGUCCGCGCAUCCACCACCGCUUCCGGCUCUGGCUCUCCUCCAUGCCCGACGACAAGUUCCCGCUCAGCAUCCUCCAGCGGAGCAUCAAGAUGACCACCGAGCCGCCGCAGGGUCUUAAAGGCAACCUAGUCCGCCUUUUUGUCAACAUUAAUGAAGACAAGUUCGAUGAGGCCACGCCCAAGUACAGGAGGCUCCUGUUCUGUAUCGCGUUCUUCCAUUGCACGCUGAUCGCUCGGAAACGAUUUCGGCAACUUGGCUACAACGCCGUUUACAGUUUCAACGAUGCAGACUUCGAAGUUUCGGACAACUUGCUGGCGAACUACCUGGAGGAGUACGAGGAGGUCCCGUGGGCAGCUCUACGGUACCUGUUGGCCGUCAUCAACUACGGCGGACACAUCACCGACGACUGGGACAAGCGAGUUCUGCUCGCGUACAUUAACCACUUCUUCUGCGAGGAAGCGCACGACACGCAGUUUUAUAGGUUGUCGAGCGUGGCGGCGUACCACGUGCCGCGGGACGGCAGCCUGCAGUCGUACCGCGACUUCGUGGAGCUGCUGCCGGCCGCCGAGCGCGCUGACUCGCUGGGCCAGCACGCCUCCGCGGACGUGGCUGCACUCGCACAGGAUGCAACGAUCAUGUGCUCCACUCUAUUUUCUUUAUCAUCGACUGGAGUUGGAGGUGCUGCGGGCGGUGAAGACCAAAAGGUGGACGAGUUAGCAGCAGAGAUGUUGAACAAACUACCAAGUAAAAUUGAUCUUGAGACGACCGAGAGGUUAAUGGGACCCGAGAUCGUAAUGCCGAUGUGCGUGUCCUUGCUGCAGGAAAUUGGAUACUAUAAUGUGCUUAUAACCGAAAUUGUAUCAGGGUUGAAGGAACUACGUCGAGCGAUUGAAGGUCUCGUGGUUAUGUCGGAGAUGUUGGAAGUCAUGUACACAUGCAUUUUUGAAGGAAAAGUUCCGUCUUUCUGGCAAAAAGGGCGGCCUACGCUGAAGGCGUUGGGCGCGUGGUGUCGCGAGGUGUGGGCGCGUGGCGCGGCGCUGGGCGCGUGGGCGGCGGCUCCCCGCGCCCCGCCCGCGCUCUGCUGGCUGCCGGCGCUGCUCGCGCCCACCGGCUUCCUCACCGCCGUCAUGCAGACAACCGCCCGCGGUGAGGGCUGGCCUAUUGACACGCUGUGCUGGGAGUUCACCGUGAUGACUCUCGAGGAGUCUGCCAUUGUGAGACCGCCGAGGGAUGGUGGAGUCUAUAUCAGGGGCUUGUUCCUGGAGGGUGCGAGUUGGAUGAAGAAGGACGGAUACCUCCAGGACCCAUUGCCCAUGCAGCUGGUAUUCCCGAUGGCGCCCAUACACUUCAAGCCCGUACGAGCAACUGGGCGAAGGCCGCGAAAUCGCUAUGUAUGUCCGUGCUACUACUACCCCCUGCGUAAGGGUGCAUUCGUGGUGGCCGUUGAACUGGCGUCUGGAAAAGAGAGCUCCGACUUCUGGGUGAAGCGUGGCACCGCCCUGUUGUGUACACUCGCUACUUAG